CACUGCCACAAACACACACUCGUAGUUUCGACGCUAUCUCUAGAACAUUCCGAUAAACCACAAAGAAGCAGAGCAAAGUAAAGAAGAAGGAAGAAGACGAAGAUGUCGUGGCAGACUUACGUCGACGAUCACUUGAUGUGCGACGUUGAAGGCAACCGCCUCACCGCCGCCGCAAUUCUCGGCCAAGACGGCAGCGUCUGGGCGCAGAGCAGCAAUUUCCCUCAGUUGAAGCCUGAGGAAAUUCAGGGCAUCAAAGACGAUUUUACUACACCUGGAACACUUGCCCCAACAGGAUUGUUCCUUGGUGGCAACAAGUACAUGGUAAUCCAAGGAGAGCCAAAUGCCGUCAUUCGAGGAAAGAAGGGAGCUGGUGGUGUUACCAUCAAGAAGACCACCCAAGCUUUGGUCUUUGGUAUCUAUGAAGAACCAAUGGCUCCUGGACAAUGCAAUAUGGUCGUGGAGAGGCUCGGUGACUACCUCAUUGAAUCAGGGCUCUGAAACCCAAGCCGCUGCUAUAUUUAAUGUUGCUCAUGUAAUCUUGUAGUUGUGUCGUGAGAGCAAAACUAUUUAUAUAUCGAAGGUGAUUGAUCAUUCGAUAGUCCGACUGUGAAUUACUUACCAUGUGAUGGAUCUUGGAGUUGUAUGAUUUCUAAAACAAUAUGGUAUUGUCUCCAUUUGUGUCGAGUUGAAAUUUUAAUGAAUGGCAGUGUGGUAC